AUGCAUUCCACAUUUAAGCGUACACAUAAAAGUGUGGUGCGACGAGCAUUCAGGUGCUGGCGAUUAUCGUCAAGUCAACUGAUGAUACAGCCAAUCGUGGUGCCGACAAAGACAAUACGGAAUAGUCGAGGUUUCCAUGGCCAAAAUGGUCCCCAGUUCAAAUCUGAUAAAAGCGUUAAAAAUCUCGGCUCUUUCCGGUCUCCCUCCAGUGUGACCUUCAAAGAGUCCUUCGAGGAAGAAGAAGACUCCACUCAAAUGGCCAUCGAAUGGCAGACACAUACGGGCAUCAGAGAGAUCCCCAAGUCCAAGGACACCAGGAGCAUUGCAGCAAAGCCUGCAGUGAGAGAUUUGUUACUUCAAUCGAAGCUGAUUGAGCUCAUUCGCAAAUCAGACCAUUCCGAAGUGUAUGCCAUGGCUAGAAGAUUUACAGCCGAAUGUGACUUGACCAAUACCCCAGCUGACUAUCUAGAAACACUCCUGUCCAUAUACUAUCGUUUUCUGGACUAUGAUGGGUUUGAGAAACUUCUGUCUUUUUAUCUUGGUUCCACCCAGGUUUUGGCACCUUCGGUUAUCAACGCGGCGUUGAAAAUAUAUUUCAAGAGAGGAGAGUUUGAUAUGGCCAAAGCGUUUUUCCACCAGUACGUCAUAAUAUCCGAGAAGGGAAAUGCUUCGGUCCUCUAUGUCUACAUGAAAUCGGCUUACCAAAGAAAUUGCAGUCUUCCCGUGUAUCUAUCAGCAUAUAAGCUUUGGAUGUCGAAGUCGUUCUCUGUCAGCUUGUCAACAGAUUGUCUUUUGACUGAGAUAUUGGAGCACAAGGGCUCUGAGGAUGAGGCCCUUUGGUUCCAGAAAGAACUACAGGGUCGUCAUCAUUCAGCAAGUCCGGUUAUUUCUGCCAUAUCGUUUCUCAAGAAAUCGCUUCUUCAAACCAACGUUCUGGAAGAUAAGAUCAAGGUGGUGGACCAAAACAGGGCCCUUCUGGCAUCACAGAAAAGCAAGAAAUACCUUGAAAUCUUCUACUCCAAAGUACUAAAACAUUUUGCUUCGUUCGGCAAUCUGGAAUAUCUGAACAAGGUUGUUACUCGAAUUGAGAGGGAUCAGUUAUCGAUCCCGCAUAUUGUCACGUCUCGCGUGUCGGUGUACUAUGUUAUAAACGAGGAGCCGGCUAUGCUCUUAAAGUUCUUCCAGCAAUCCAAGGAGAAGGGAAUAUCAUUUUCUCCGGUAUAUUUCCACAGAUAUUGGGAAUCACUGUUGUAUUCUUAUCCAUCUCAUGGUGAUGUGCUGCUGAAGACGGUUAGAGAGUGCUUAGCCGGGUUGAAUAGCUCUUGGGCUAAAGAGAUGUUGAAACAACUUCAAAACAUUCUUCAGGAACGCAAGACCCGCGAUUCGUUAGGUUCGAAACGUGAUUUUGGUAAGUUGCUUGAAAACGAGCAAUUUUUGGGCAUGAAGACUGGAGAUGGUUAUCAAAAGGCAGAAUCUGAUCAGCGAGGCACAAGCGCUUUGCCCUUGAGAGUCAACAGUCCCGGUUCUGUGGACUACGAAAGCACUACUCGUGUUCGUCUAGCCAAGUUGGACGCUUCGAUUUCAAACGGUAUCAACCCCGCCAAAUCGUCUCUUAAAAAAGUGUUGAACCGUCUGCACCCAUCGGACUAUGAAGACAUCACCCGUCUGAGUGCGAUGAUAUCGGACACCUACGAUAGAGAGCUCAUUUUGAACUCGGAGAUCGUGAAGUUAAAAAACACCAUCGCCAACAUGUCUAUUUUCGACAAAGCCCACACAAGGGCUCGCGAGAAACUCAACCGAUUCACCAAUGAAAAUUGGGAGACACUGCGUUCAACAGACCUACUUCAAUUGGCCGUGAUCGCCUUGAAGGUCAAGGACUACCAGUUUGCGAUCAGGCUAGGAAGCCAUGCCUUUGAUACCAUGGUUAAUAGCCAAAGUGUUUCGGAAGCUUACAACAACAACGAUCGUAUCACGGCUUACACUAUACUGCUGAAUGCACAUCUCAAAACAGGCAACUACGAACAGUUGUUGCUGCUACUUGACCAAAUGCAAAAAGACAAUAAACUAGUUCUUUCUCAGAGGCUGAUUGGCCAUUUGGAAACCUUGCGGAGCUGGUUGGUGCGCUACACCGAAAAAUCACAGGACGAAGAGAUGAACGAAAUAAAAAGGAGGAUUGUACAUUACAUGGACGGAGUCAUAGACACAUGCAAGCGUCGCUUCCAGUUGCAAGCCUCAAGUAUCCAGGAGAACAUAUUGGACGAUGUCAAAUUUUUUCAAUCAUGGGCAGGAGUGCGUUAA